GGAAUCAACACUAUUCAUCUAUUGUCAAUGCUGCGUUGCAUCUGACAUUGGAAAAUCGGAUCCCGAGGGUAAGCAUUGCACUUGGAGUAUGCAUGCCGUCAGCACCCCGAAAACCUUCCGGCAGGAUUCCAGCCCGGAAACAGGGCCAAGCCACGCCCCGAAAAUUGAAUCCGCGGACUGCAGAGGCAUCAGCCAUGCAUCCACAAACAGAACACCAUCCUGAGAACCAUCGCUUUUGAAAAAACCAUCAUGAUAGCCACCAUUCCGGAAAAGUGCACCGUGUUGGUGGUGGGCGGCGGGCCGGCAGGGUCCUACGCUGCCUCAGCUCUGGCGCGCGAGGGCAUCGAUGUUGUCCUCCUCGAGGCAGACAAGUUCCCGAGAUACCACAUUGGCGAAAGCAUGCUGCCCUCCAUGCGACACUUUCUCAAGUUCAUCGACGCCUACGAGAAGUGGGAUGCUUAUGGGUUUAACAUAAAGAAAGGAGGCGCCUUUCGCCUGAAUUGGUCGCGGCCUGAAACAUAUACCGACUUCGUCGCAGCUGGUGGCCCUGGGGGCUACGCCUGGAAUGUGGUUCGAUCUGAAGCAGACGAGCUGUUGUUCAAGCACGCAGCAGAAUGCGGCGUCAAGACCUUUGACGAGACCAAGGUGGCCUCGAUUGAGUUUGCCGAGCCUGCCUCUUCCGACUCUCAGAACUUUGGCCGUCCCGUAUCUGCGACAUGGACCCGCAAAGAUGGGACCACUGGCACCAUCUCGCUUGACUAUGUCGUCGACGCAUCGGGCCGGGCCGGUCUCAUCAGCACCAAGUAUCUUAAGAAUCGAUCCUACAACCAGGGGUCGAAGAACAUUGCCAGCUGGGGCUACUGGAAGGGCGGCGGCGUCCACGGAGUCGGAACAUUCAAGGAGGGCGCCCCCUAUUUCGAAGCGCUCAAGGACGGGAGCGGAUGGGUGUGGUUCAUCCCACUCCACAACGGCAAACAUUCGGUCGGCAUCGUGCAGAACCAAGAGAUGGCCACCAAGAAGAAGCGAGAGAUGGCCGAGCCCUCGUCCGCGGGCUUCUACAAGCAGUCUCUUGAGCUCGUGCCCGGUAUCAAGGAACUCCUCGCGAACGCCGAGCUCGUGUCGGACAUCAAGUCGGCAUCUGAUUGGUCCUACAGCGCCUCGAGCUACGCCUUCCCCGGUGUGCGUAUUGCUGGCGACGCUGGCUCUUUUAUCGAUCCCUUUUUCUCCUCGGGCGUCCACUUAGCCCUCUCCGGCGGCCUGUCCUCGGCAACCACCAUCGCAGCCGCCAUUCGCGGCGACUGCAACGAGGAAAAGGCGGCGUCGUGGCACGAUAAGAAGACAGCCGAGAGCUACACGCGCUUUCUCGUCGUCGUGUCCAGCGCUUUGAAGCAGAUCCGGUCUCAGGACCAGCCCAUCAUCAACGACUUUGACGAGCAGAGCUUCGAGCGGGCGUUCGACCUGUUCCGGCCCAUCAUCCAGGGCCAGGUCGACGCCGACGCGCGGGGCAAGCUGAGCCAGGCCGAGAUCUCCAAGACGGUCGAGUUCUGCUUCAAGGCGUUCGCGCACGUCUCGUUCGAGGAGAAGGAAGCGCUCAUCGCCAAGCUGAAGCAGCUGGGCCUCGACGGCGACGCCUACGACGAGUCCAACAGAGCCGCGCUCGACGCCAUCGAGAAGAAGCUGACGGCCGAGGAGCAGUCCAUCCUCAAGACACUCAAGGGCCGCCGCAUGGUGCGCCCCGAGGACUCGCUCAACAUCGACAACUUCACGCUUGACUCCAUCGACGGCCUCGCCCCGCGUCUGGAGCGCGGCCGGCUGGGCUUGCAGGGGGCCAAGAAAGCCCAGGUCAAGUUCACCGCACACGAUUCGCUGUCGUUCCUGAACGGCGAGGCUAGAGCGGCGAACAAGCUGCAAAAUGGCCAUGCGGCCGCUAAUGGAACCGGUCAUGCGAACGAUCAUGCGAACGGUCAUGCAAGUGAUCACGCAAAUGGUCACGCAAACGGCCACUCAGAUAUUCACGGGGUCGAGAAGUCACUAGUAGACCUCGUAAUGUCCGAGGAGAGGCUCCCGUCGGCAUCCCUUGACGAGUCUAGCAGACACCGGUUGAUGUCGUCUUUGCACGAGUCGGCCGAGGAACUUGAGACGCCAUACGACACCAUGCUGCGCUUUGUCAAUGCUGGCCGACAAGUAGCGCUGAUCAAGAUCGGCGGCGACCUUGGAAUCUUCAAGUCCCUCGCUGACAGCAAGACGCCGUUGUGUUCGACGCAGUUGGCAGAGGGGACCGGGGCCGAUCCGACACUCUUCAGUCGCAUCAUGCGCUACCUGGUCGCCAACCGUCUCGUGGCCGAGGUAUCGCCGGACCACUACGUCGCCCGCAAGACCACACACGCCCUGGCGGACCCGCGCAUCGAGAGCCCCAUGCGCUUCUUUCACGCCGUCAGCAACCCAGCCUUCCAGGCCCUGCCCGACUUCCUCCGGGAGACGGGGUACCAGAACCAAACACAACGCCAGGCCCUCCAGAAGGGGCUCGGCACUGAGCUGGGCCUCUUCCCCUGGCUGAAGCAGCGCCCAGACCUGCUGAGGGACUUCCAGAGCCUCAUGGGCGUGCCCAAGGAGGGCAACUGCCUCGACGUGAUUCCGCUCGACGACUCGGUCUGCAGCGGGCACAAGGGUCCCGUGUUCGUGGACAUUGGCGGCAACACGGGCCAGCAGGCAGGCGGCCUGGUGGCCAAAUACCCCGCGCUCGCCGGCCGCGUGGUGGUCCAGGACCGCCAGGAGACGGUCAACAGCGCCACGGGCGUCAAGGGGGUUCAGUUUAUGGCGCAUGAUUUCUUCAGCCCGCAGCCGGUGAAGGGAGCCAAGUACUACUACCUGCGCGCCGUCCUGCACAAUUGGGACGACGACAAGGCGGCGCAGAUCCUGGCCAAUAUUGUCCCCGCCAUGUCGGCCGACUCGCUGGUGCUGAUCGACGAGGUCAUCAUGCCGGACAUGGGCGCGCACGUCUGGCCCGCGGGGCUGGACCUCCAGAUGUACACGCUGUUUGGCGCGUCGGAGCGGACGGCAAAGCAGUGGGAUGCCCUACUCCAGCGAGCAGGUCUGCAGCCCGUGUCGGUCAAGAAAUAUGCUCCUGUCAUGGGGAGUUCUGUUAUCUUUGCUGCACCAAAAUGACUCUGUCUGUAGCGUAGGAC